GCUUGAUCCAUCAUGGGGGACAUUGAGGAAGGUGCAAAUGUCCAACGACCACCACUGUUGCGUGGACCAAAUUACAAUUUUUGGAAGGGGCGCAUGAGAGCUUUCUUAAAGUCCCAAGGUGGGAGAGUUUGGAGGAGCAUAGAAACUGGAUGGACAGAACCCACAGAGACCAACACAGAAGGAGAGAAGGUGGCAAAAUCCUUUGAGAAAUACUCAAAGGAAGAAGCAACACUGGCUGGAUGCAAUGAUAAGGCACUCAUUGCACUAUUUGGGGCAGUUGAUAGCUCACAGUGCCGACUCAUUUCCAAUUGCACUGAAGCAAAGAAGGCCUGGGAGAUUCUCGAAACCACUCACGAAGGAGAUGAACGAGUAAAAACUGCUAAACUACAUAUUCUUAUGACCAAAUAUGAGAAUCUGCGCAUGGAUGAUAAAGAAAAAAUAGCAGAAUUUCAUGGGAGAGUACUGAGAGCCUUACCCGAGAGCUAUGCAAUGGAUGCCAAAGCUAUUCGCCAAGCACAUGACAUAAAGAACAUGACACUUGAUCAGCUGAUGGGAAAUCUUGAGACCAUUGAGCUUCAAAUGAACGAAGAAAUUAACCAGAAGAAGAGUGUCAAACAGAUUGCAUUCCACAGCCACAAUACUGAAGAAGAAGAUGAUGAUGAGGAUCCAUCAGAUGGAGAUUAUCAAGAACAUUUAUCCCUCAUCACCAAGCAGUUCAAGAAGCAAUGGAUGCAGAAGAAAGGAAGAACAAAUUAUCAAGCUGAAUCUUCAAAGGGGUUUCAAUUUAGAAAUCCAAGGCCAAAGGAGAGCAGGGCCCCAGCUAAUGACUCCAAACGAAGAGGACCUCAAUGCUUUGAAUGUGGGGGAUUUGGGCAUAUACAAUCAGAAUGUGCAAAUAAUCUCAAAAAGAAACGGCAAGCUUUUGUGUCAACAUGGAGCGAUGAAGAAGAUGACUCUGAAGAAGUCCGAGGGAACAACAACUGUGCAUUCACUACUCAAACACAUAAUGAAGAUCCAGACAGCCUCACUAACCGACUUGUGGUGCUGCAGGAAGAGUUGGAUAGCCUUCGUAAAAAUCUUGAUGAAACCAUGCAGCAACUGGAACAGGUUGAAGGUGAAAAGGCAAAUCUAAACUAUGAACUCACUCAACUUAAAAGCUAUCAAAAGUGGAUGAAGAGUGCAGGUGCAGAACAGAUUGAAGACCUCGUAGACAAGUCAAGGUUCUAUGGAGACAGAACUGGCAUUGGUCAUACUCUACCAGAGAGCAGCAAAACACCCCUUGAUUUGUUUGUAACAAGAUCAAAGAUUGCUGCUAAAGAACUGAAAGAAUACAACAGAGACAAGAAGGAAGCAGUCCAGCCUACUCACAUUCAUAUGAUCAGCUCCAGCCCAAGGCAGCAGAUGACUCACUAGAGGUGAAUAACACUGAAAAAAUACC